CGAAAUUAUGAUGGAACCAUCCGAGCAAUCUUCUAUUCAACAGUCUUUCUCGACAGCCUUUGGUACGCAGAGACCGAAAAGCGCAGCGACAGGAGCGCUCCCGAUCCCGACCCGUACACUUGGGACACACCGCCGCGUUUAAUAAACAUGUUAAAUGUCCGACCGGCUUACACACACGUCACGAUGACAUCCGCCAAAUACCUUAAAAACAACAGGUUAUAUGCCAAAACAAUGGAUUAUCUCCGCUACUCCACUGAGCUAUUCGGGACACCAUGUUGGCUCAAAGACAUCGUGAUGAGGGAGAUUGAAAACUGUGAGACGCUACGUAAAAACCCACAUCCAAACAUAUGUCAAUAUCGUGGUGUAGAUUACGACUUGAAGAGUAAAUGCAUCAUGGCGCUAUUGUUCCAGAAGUACGACAUGACUCUAGGCGAACUGGUAGCUGAGAAACGUACUUUUGACGCCGAAAAAUGUCUGCAGGAUAUCAGACAGGGCAUUCGACAUAUACACUCCUUAGGCUACGUACACGUCGACAUCAAGCCUUCGAAUAUCUUUGUUGAUCUCAAAGUACAGCCCGCCUGUUUUGUUGUUGGUGACUUUGAUUCUAUGCAAAAGCAAGGCUCACAGUUGAGAUACAAAUGCGGUACAGAAGGUUGGAAUUUAGAAAGAGCAAGACAUGAAGACUAUAAAGUGAACGUCGAGCAAGAUUGGUAUGGUUUAGAGAUGGUGGAGGCGUACAUCAGGGAGAAAGGGAACGGGAAGCCAAUGGAAGGAAGGAGUUAUCCAAAGACGAGCGAUAUUUUGAAAAGGGCGAAGAGGAAGUUUGAGAUGGAUAAGAACGCUAGAGAGAAGCAGGAGGAGGCGGAAAAGGCG